UGUCUCGCCACAAACCUCCCGUUCUCCACUUUCAAUCUCGAUUCCGACACCACCUCCAUCCCUAUCUAAGUUCCGAUGAAGUCACUUCUUCCUUGCAUCUCAAAAGAAUCCACUCUCCUAGUUUAACUAUGUCAGUACAACAUAGAUCCACCUGUCACAAUGGUUGCGAGCACAAGGUGGACAACCACAUAAAAAAUUGUCUCUGCAAUCAAAUUGUUGAGUUCAAGGCGGGCAAGCGCAUGGUGGAUCAACUCAAUGAUUAGAUAUUUGAUUCCAAGAUUGCUAAUCUCAUGGCAGAUCAUAUCACCAAUGAUCAUAUUACGGAAUUAACGAAGGGUGUCACCUCCAAUCUCUUCGACAACACUAUAAACUUGGUGAGAUCCUUACUCUUUUGCAUCUCUUUAUUUGUAUUGUGGAAUAUUGCAACGACCUGUCAUGGAGGUAAUGAAGAGUAAGGUCAUUGAUGAAGCAUAAACGGAAUAGGCCGAUGGAGUAGUUUUUUCUAGCAUUAGAACACCUGCUCGAUCCAAUUCUUAUGUUUUCGAGUCUUUAUUUCACUCUCCCCCCCCCUCGCGCGCCCACCGCUCCCACGAUGGGUGGGGGAAAUAUGUUUCUCUAGUGGUUUAAUAAUCUUUCCCCGGUUCUUCCUUGCCAUGGUGACUUCAAAGAUCUGGUGUCCUAGUAGGCUCAUCGCUCCGUUAGGUAGCGAGAUUUUUUUUUCAGUUUGUUGAUGGAAGUUGUUGCCUCUCGGAGGCAAGCAACCGAGAGGAAAUCAAUAGUGGCUUUGGAGCGGUGGUGGUUCAAAGUUGGCAGAUCUACCGUUCUUCCAGAAUAUCAUUGGGUUGAUAUAUAGAUAGAUCUAAGCCCAAGUCAACGCGGGAUUGUUCCACAACCAAUGUGCCUCAAUACUUGCAAUGUGUGUAUUCUUCGUCUUUCAAAUCCUCUCUAGCGAUGGCACUUCCUCAGUUUCGGCAGUGGAGGCUUGGCUUCUCUUCCAAUGAGCACCUCGAUGGUGAUUGAGGUUGGUGGCAAACCAUGGUUGUGGACUUGUGGUGUGUGCAACGACCCCUAAAGCACCUGAUAUUAUUUUUCUAUUUUUGGGGGGCUUUCCUGGAAAAAAAUCUAAUUCGCAUGCCUUCUCUCGGUCUCUAGUAGUCGUUAGUGUGUUUUUGUGUGCGCUUGUUAGUUGGUAAUGAAGAUGCACGGUUUCUAUGAAAAAUUCUGAUCAUUCCGAACCUAAACCAUGUCAUGUAUAAAGUCGGCUUGAGUGGAUGGUAAACCCACCCCUCUAACAUAUCAUUCACGCAUUGUAAAUCCAAACAUGGCCCACUUGAAAAGAUAGCAACUGGUAGAGUCGAGUGGAGGAAUGCCCAUAAAAAUCCGAAGUCCAUAACAACAAUUAAAAAUCCAAAAAAUGUCAUAAUAAUAAAUGAAAAUCCAAAUUUGGCAUAAUAAUAAAUGAAAAGUCCAAAGAUCGCACAACAUAAAUGAAAUCCAAAAAUGGCGUAGCAAUAAAUCAAAAUCCAAAGAUAGCAAGUAAUAAAUGAAAAUCUAAAUAUGACAAACAAUGAAUGAGAAUCCAAAGAUAAGCUUAUCUUUGGAUUUUCAUUUAUUGUUUUCCAUCUUUGGGAUUUCAUUUAUCCUGAUGCGCUAUCUUUGUAGUUUCAUUAAUUGUUUUGUCAACUUUAGAUUUUACAUUUAUAGUUCUGCCAUGGUUUCAUUUGAAAAUCCGUAAAAUAGGAAGAAAAUAACCUAGCUCAUCAUCUGAAGUUCUGAACACAUCCAAAGUGACCAAUCAAGAAAUUUCCAAAAAAUACAUCCUCUGAGAACCAAAAGGAAGCAAGUAAUUAAUGAAUCUAAAGGCACCCCAAAGAAUACCCACGUCCAAAUCACAUCCCACCCACUGCCCUAUAAAAAGCCCUGGGUUUGUGCAUUUUCAGGCAUCGAGUUACCAGUAAAACAAGUGAGGGUUUCUUCUAUUUGUGUCAGUGUGUGUGUGUUGUGCUCGUGAGGCAAUGGAAGGAGGAGGAGCCAUCCCGGCGGGUGCGGGCAAAGCGGCCUAUGGCGAUGGGAUGCACAAGAGUCCACUUCAUCCACAGCCACAGCCCACCGUCGACGCCCGCCUGGCCGAUGCUGAACAAGAGCCAUGUGGGACUGUAAUAGUUCCUCAAAUCAUCAUAGUUAAAGGUGGACAGGAUGUGGCAAUGGAAGUCAAGUCGUAUGGUGGGAAUGGUUGGGCAGUUUUUAUCAUGUCUGCCGAGGGCGCCGUAUCCAAUGUGACACUGCAUCAACCAGCUUCUCCGCUUGAAACAGUUAUGCAUAAGGGUUGUUUUGACAUUGUCUCCAUGACCGGCUCGUAUCUGCCGUCAAAAACUGAUGGAGUGAGCUCUCUAAAGGGUGGGUUCGCCAUUUCGCUUGUCGGUGCUGAUGGCCGCAUCUUCGGCGGUGGGUUAGCAGGACCUCUGAUUGCAGCAUCAUCUGUUCAGGUGAUCAUUGGAAGGUUUGCAGCUGAUGAAAAAGAGGACAUCAAGCAGGAUGUGGCCAGUGGAACUGAACCGAGUGAUUCUCCGAAUGGAUCCUCAAGUGGUCCAGGAAGCCCAUCAAACUAGAGUGCUUUGGCACAUUCAACUCCAGCUUCCUAUUUCCAGAUGCCAGUCAGCUUAAUAAAUUCCUAGUUUUUCGUUCCUACUAUUUCCAGACGCUUAGCUUUCUGCUCGUACUUGUUGAACU